AUGGCCGAUCAAUCCACCCCCGCCACGUCUCCCGACGACGAACUCCUCUCCCCCUUGGGCAGCCUCAGCGGCCUCGACCACGACGACUUCCGCGAGGCCGCUUAUGAGGUGUUCUUCACCGCCUGCCGCUCCACUACGACGUCGACAGGCGGCUUGCAUGGCAGGGGCUCCGGCUCCGACGGAGGCGGCCCGGAUGGAUUCGCCUCGGCCAAGACCCCCGGCGUCGGGAUGGCCGUCAUCAGCCGCGUCAAAAAGGCGCUCGGACUCAAAAUGGUCCGGCGCCCGCGCCGGAGUAGCUCCAGCGGGGCGACCCUCUCGUCGCCCCGCUGCAGCAGCCCCCGGCUCGGCGUAACGCUGCCAUCCCGGCUCCGGCGGCCCAUGACGUCGGCAGAGAUCAUGCGACAGCAGAUGCGGGUGACGGAGCAGAGUGACAGCAGGUUACGCAAGACUCUCAUGAGAACCCUCGUCGGCCAAAUGGGAAGGCGGGCGGAGACGAUCAUCCUUCCAUUGGAGCUGUUGCGCCAUUUGAAGCCGGGGGAAUUCAACAACGCGGAAGAGUACCAUCAAUGGCAGAAACGCCAGCUCAAAAUCCUCCAAAUCGGCCUUCUCCGGCACCCGUUGAUUCCCUUAGACAAAUCGACCGAUACACACGCCGCCAAGCUUGAGCAACUCAUCGAGGCAUCCGAGGCCAAGCCCAUCGACAUGGCCAAGAAUUCCGAGGCCAUGAGAGCCCUCUGCAACUCCAUCAUUUCCCUGGCGUGGCGGAGCCCCGACGGGGGUACAACCGACGUGUGCCAUUGGGCAGAUGGGUACCCCCUAAACGUCGAAAUCUACAUGACCCUCCUUCGAUCAGUUUUCGACCUCAAGGACGACACGUUAGUACUCGAUGAAGUCGACGAGUUGCUGGAGCUUAUCAGGAAAACAUGGUCAAUGCUCGGAAUUAACCGAUCCAUACAUAAUCUCUGCUUCGCUUGGGUGCUUUUCAAGCAGUAUGUUGUGACAGGGCAGGUCGAGUUCGAUCUCCUCGGCGCGUCGCUGAUUAUGUUGUCCGAUGUAGGGUACGAUGCCAGGAAGGCCGAGAGAGGGACCAUAUAUACGAAGAUGCUUGUGCGGCUGCUGUCUGCGAUGAAGAGGUGGGGAGAGAAGAGGCUGUUGGAUUACCACGAGCACUUCGACAGGGCAACGGUCGGGCUUAUGGAGAGCAUUCUUCCCCUGGUUUCGAAAGUUACGAAGAUAUUAGAAGACUAUGUUCCUCCGGGAGAAGUGACUGACCAGGUGAUGGGUAAUAUCGUUGAUUACUACAUCCGAUCAUCUUCCGCAAAAGCAUUUGUCAAGGUAUACACUAAUUUGUAUGUACAGAUCACAAAAGACAACGAUGUGCGCGUGACCAAGCCGGAAGAUUUGCGCGACUUGCUGAUUCGGGUGGCUAGAGAGAUUGAAGAGUUUGCCUCGAAGGAGAAAGACAUAUACAGCCCUGUACUCAAGAAAUGGCACCCGAACCCCCAUGGAGCUUCGGCUGUGACAUUACACGCUUGCUACGGGACGAUGCUCAAGCAACACCUGUCCAAGAUGUCGCCCUAUAUGAAUGAGACUAUCUUGGCGCUGCAGAGAGCUGGGAAGCUCGAGAAGGCGCUGAUACAAAUGGCCAUGGAUGGUGCUGAAAAUACAGACAAAGGGAAAGCGAUCGUCAGACGGAUGGUUUCUUACGAGGCGGACAUGACUAUACUAAAGCUGUUGAGAAAUUGGAUGCAGGAAAAGCUUCAACGGGGGAAGGAGAGCCUGGAGAGAGCAAAAGAUACAGAAAUAUGGAUGCCUAAGUCGAAGACGGAGCCGUUUGCACAAUCAGGUGCAGAGCUAAUCGGAUUUGCAAAGGAGACUGUGGAGAGCUUCUUAGAAGUUCCGGUGAACGUAUCAGAGAACUUAGUUUCUGAUCUAACCGACGGUUUGGAGCUUCUCUUCGGAGACUACAUCUCAUUCGUGGCAUCGUGUGGAUCGAAGCAGGGUUAUCUCCCGACACUUCCCCCGCUGACUAGAUGCAGUUGCGACUCAACACUGCAGAAACUGUGGAAAAAAACAGCAAGCGCGAUCAAGCUAGAACAUCAAAAUGGAAAUACAAAGUAUUACGAAGGGAAGGAAGCACGGCUCUCAGUGAGUCGUGGAACACAACGCCUUUAUAUUCGCCUCAACACCUUGCAUUACCUUCUUGUGCAGCUUCAGUCCCUCGACAAGACUCUAUCUCUCUCUCCAAAGAUAACUCCACCAAAGAGCCGAUUCGGGAACAGAAGGCAGUUAGGGUGUUCCUACUUUGAGCACAGCCGAUCACUCAUACAAGCAGUCUCUCAGCGCGUGGCAGAAGUGGCUGCUUACCGUCUCAUAUUCUUGGAUACAAACGCUGUUUUCUAUAGAAGCCUGUAUGCCGGAGAUGUAGCAACAAUGCGUAUCAAACCAGCACUAGGAAUACUGAGGCAGAACCUAGCUAUGGUGUGUGCAAUCAUUAUAGACAAGACACGAUCAAUGGCUCUAAAAGAAGUAAUGAAGGCUUGUUUCGAGGCGUACCUUAUGGUCUUGCUAGCUGGAGGCAGCUCAAGGGUCUUUUCCAGAAAGGAUCAUCCGAUAAUCGAGGAGGACUUUGAUAGCCUCAAGCAAUUCUUUUUUAUGUGUGGAGAAGGCUUGAUAGGGAACGACGAGGUUGCAAUGGAAGCUGAGACAGUGGAAGGCGUAGUAACGUUGAUGGGGAAGUCAACUGAACAACUGGUGGAAGAAUUCAGCGUUCUUGCUUGCGAAUCCAGUGGGAUCGGCAUUUUGGGCACCAGGCGGAAGCUGCCAAUGCCUCCAACAACAGGGAAAUGGCACAGUUUGGAUCCUAAUACCAUAUUGAGAGUACUCUGCCACAGAAAUGAUCGAACCGCGAAUCACUUCCUCAAGAGAACAUUCAAAUUGGCAAAGAGAAGCGUAUCCGGAUGAACUGAAAAUCGAAAACUAAUC